GUAUCUAUCUGUCUCUCUCUCUCUCAGCCAAACAAUCAACACUUCUUGCUCUCUCUCUCCUCUACUACUUCUUUGUGGUUUCUGUUUGCUUGACUCAACUUCAUAUUUUUGUUCUGCUUCAAAGAAAGUGAUGGCUUUAAAGACAUUUGAAUUGUUGAAAGGGUGUGAAACUCAUGAAGAGAUAAUGAAAGUUCUUGCAGCUGUGGCUGUAGAUUUAGGUGAUGUGAUUGAUGAUGUGAGUACUGUGGAGGUGAAUCCCUUAAAGGGUGCAAUGACAAAUCAGGUUUUUGAGGUGAAUUGGCCGACGAAAAGCGAUGGUCAUCUUAGAAGGGUUUUGGUUCGAUUAUAUGGUGAAGGUGUUGAGGUUUUCUUCAAUAGGGAUGAUGAAAUCCAAACAUUUGAGUGUAUGUCGAAGAACGGACAGGGUCCACGCCUUCUUGGUCGGUUCACGACUGGUCGAGUUGAAGAGUUCAUUCAUGCCCGGACACUUUCAGCUUCCGACCUCCGCGACCCUGAAAUAUCUUCUUUGAUAGCAUCGAAGAUGAAAGAAUUUCACAAUCUUCAUAUGCCUGGUGCAAAGAAGGCUCAGAUUUGGCAGAGAAUGAGGAAAUGGCUUAAUCAUGCUAAAAGUUUGUGCUCCCAAAAGGAUAUCAUAAAUUUUGGAUUGGACAAUCUAGAUGCUGAGUUAAGUAUGUUGCGGGCGUUGUUAUCAGAAGAAUAUCAAGAGAUUGGUUUUUGUCACAAUGAUCUACAAUAUGGUAACAUCAUGAUGGAUGAAGAAACAAGAUCAAUCACUUUAAUUGACUACGAGUACUCGAGUUACAAUCCUGUUGCGUAUGACCUUGCAAAUCAUUUCUGUGAAAUGGCCGCAAAUUACCACACUGACACGCCUCAUGUUCUUGACUACAGUAAAUAUCCUGAUCUUGAGGAGCGUCGAAGGUUUAUUUACACAUACUUGAGUUCUGAAGGAGAAAAGCCAAGUGGUGCUCAAGUGGAUCAGUUAGCGAAUCUUGUGGAAAAGUACACUCUUGCAAACCAUCUAUUUUGGGGCUUGUGGGGACUUAUUUCAAGUUAUGUCAAUACAAUUGAUUUUGACUACAAGGAGUACUCAAGGCAGAGGUUUAAGCAAUACCACUUAAAGAAGCCUACUUUAUUGGCAUAAUUGCUUCUUAUGUGUUUCUUAGUAAAGUUUAGUUUGUAUUAUUAAUGAUGAUAUAAAGAGGCAUGAGUAUAUAUGUAAAUAAUAUAUAACUAAAAGUGUGUGAUGGAUAUAUAUUUUUUACUAUCUUUACAAAAAAUAUUUAUAUCUUUGUAAUCCCCUUUCAUUUGGGAUUGAGUUUAGGAAUGAAACAUAGAAGUAAUAUUAUAUAGUUAUAACAUUUAAUUUGCUAGAGCUUGAACUUUA